AUGUGAGUGAGUGUGUGGCGGCGGGGCUGCCUUGUGUGUGCCUAAUAGGAAAUAGUAAAAGCAGUGAGGCAGGUCAGUCGGCGAGCGAUUAUAUCCCAGCCCUGGUCACCGGCGCGUCCGCAGAGCAGGCGGCAGCGGCGGCGGCGGCGGCAGCAGCAGCCUGGCUGAGUAACUGGGGAGUAAGCGAGGAGUAGCUGGGCCAGAGGCGAGCGGGUGGUGGGCCUCGGCUGGCCCCGCUGCUGCUCCUCCUCCUCUCGCUGCUGCUGCUGCUGCUGCUGGUGGCGCCUCCGCUCGCCCCCCGCCCUCCGAUGAGCUCCUACUUCGUCAAUCCGCUCUACUCCAAGUACAAGGCGGCGGCGGCGGCAGCGGCAGCGGCGGCGGCAGGAGGGGGCGAGCCGCCCAUCAAUCCCGCUUACUACGACUGUCACUUUGCGCCCGCUGCGGCCGCCGCCGCCCUGCUCUACGGGAACAGCGCUGCGGCCGCUGCGGCAGCCGCCGCUGCCGCCGCCUCGGGCUUCUCACCACCGCAGCCCCCUCCUGGGCCCGGCUCGGGCGGCAGUGGCCUGGACUACUAUCACCACCACCUCCAGCACCAGCAGCAGCAGCAGCACCACCUGGCCGGAGGGAGCCCCUCCGCCUACCAGCCGCCGCCGCCUCCUCCUCCUCCACUGGCCCCACAGGCCCCCUGCGCCGGCCUGCCUUGUCCAGGGGAGCACGCCAAGUUUUACGGAUACGAUAACUUACAGAGACAGCCGAUUUUUACGACACACCAAGAGGCCGAGCUGGUCCAGUAUCCUGACUGUAAAUCGUCCAGUGCUAAUAUUGGCGAGGACCCAGAGCACUUAAAUCAGGGCGCGUCUCCUGCUCCCAUGUUUCCCUGGAUGAGACCACAAGCAGCUCCUGGUAGGCGGAGAGGAAGACAAACAUACAGCCGUUUCCAGACUCUAGAGCUGGAGAAGGAGUUCCUUUUUAACCCUUACCUGACCAGGAAAAGAAGAAUUGAGGUCUCCCACUCGCUAGGACUCACCGAGAGGCAGGUAAAGAUCUGGUUUCAGAACCGAAGGAUGAAAUGGAAAAAAGAGAACAACAAGGACAAAUUCCCGGCUGCCAGGCAAGAGGGAAAGGAAGGAGGGGAGGCCAAAAAGGAGGCCCAGGAGAAUCUAGAAGGAAGAGCAGAAGGCCCAGCGAAUUAAGCCGCUACUGCUACUGCUUCUCCUCUUCUUCCUCCCCCUCCUCCUCCUCUUCUCCGAGCCUUGGCGAAGGACAAUGGAGGCCUUUGGCCGAGCACCAUCACCGCUGCUCCAGGCACCUUUGUUGCAAGGGUCCUACCCUGUCUUUUACGCUACCUUCUGACAUUUCUGUGCUAGAUGAGAGUUUAUUUUAUUUGUUAAUGUCCCGGGCAGCCUCGGGGGAGUCCAGGCUGGCUCCUGUUGCUGAACCUCUUUCCCCGCCCUUCACCCAGGAUUUGAUACUGAAAGCUGUAUGUAGCAAUUUUGUACGUGACUUUCUACUGGGAAUUUCUCUUUCGGUUCCAAGGACAGACCGCCAGGCCUACCCUGCUCUAGAAAGCGAAUCAACCAAGUGCACUUGUACUCGCUGAAACUUUUCCUUCCCGCUUAUUUCUUGUAAAGUAAAUUAAUUAAGAAAUGUGAUUAUUUUUUGGGGGGGGGAGAAACUAUCUUUAUGAAG